CGCUACUGGACCCAGCACUCAAACCAAACUUUGCUAGGAGGGUAACCUCCGGCCGCCGUUGCGACUGUUUGUCCACACGCAGCCACACACGCCUGGUUUUCGGAUCAUCGAACAGCGAACCCCUCGCAACCACUCACGCCACCAUGGCGACCCUUGAGCAAGAGCUCCUGGCCGACUUUGCCGACAGCGGCGACGAAGACAUUCAGGACUUGGAGAAUGACUUUGCCGAGGGCGGAAAUGAGGAUGAUGACAUGGUCGACGAGGAGGCCGAAUACAGGGAGAAGGAGAAGAAAGACAACAAGGGACCCGCAGACAUCCGGUCGGCUCAGCAACUCAAAGCGAACCUGGAAUCCGUACUCACGCGCAUCGAGGAGACCAAGGACCAGAUGGAUGUCGUAGACAGCGAGUCGUUUGAAGAGUCACCGGAAUACAAGCUCCUCACCGAAGCAAACGAGUUCUCUACCCAGAUUGAUGGCGAGAUCGCGGCGGUUCACAAGUUCAUUCGGGAUCACUACUCGGCAUUCUUCCCACAUUUGGAGGAUCUGAUCAAGAAUCCCGUUGUAUACGCAAGAGCAUGUCUGGUUAUUGGCGGCGGGCCUUUGAAGGACAUCAAAACCAUCACGCCACAGCUCAAGGCAAUUGAAGGCCUCGAGCCUGCUCAGGUCAUGAUUGUUGAGAUUGAAGCCACGCGCGUCGAAGGACGGCUCCUUGACGAGGCGGAGCUAAGCCUGAUAUCCAAUGCCUGCCACCUGCUACUGGAACUGAAUGCAGCCAAGUCCAAAAUCUUGGGCUUCGUCGAGUCGCGAACCGAGGUGUUUUGCCCCAACCUAACGGCGCUCAUUGGGUCCUUGACAGCCGCGCAUCUCAUUUCCUAUGCUGGAGGUAUCUCUAAUUUGGCCAAAACUCCGGCCUGCAACAUUGCCCCUCUUGGUUCGACCAAGGUUUCUGGCGCUACUGUUGGUCUGUCCAACAUUGGCCUGAGACACGAAGGUUACCUUUACCACAGCGAGAUUAUCCAGAACCAAAGGCCCGACCUUCGGAAGCAGGCGCUGCGGAUCGUGUCGGCCAAGGUUAUUCUAGCGGCGCGUGUCGACGCUCACUCGAGCUCGCGCAACGCCGACAUUGGCAUGGACCUGCGCAAGGAAUGUGAGCGUCGGCUAGACAAGUUGACGGAAAUCCCAGCGAACCAAAAGGGCCAGCGCGCGCUUCCCGUGCCCGACGAAAAGCCGUCGCGCAAGCGGGGAGGCAGACGGGCGCGCAAGGCCAAGGAAGCGACGGCCAUGACGGAGAUCCGCAAGGCGCAAAACCGCAUGACGUUUGGCAAGGAAGAAAAGGAAGUGGGCUAUGGCGACUCAACCAAGGGAAUGGGAAUGAUUGGAGCGACGGACACGGGGCGGCUGCGGGCACAGCAAAUGGACCCCAAGACGCGGGCCAAGCUCAGCAAGAAGAACGCGGGCUGGGGCGGCGACACGACGCUUGGGGCGGCGUCGUCGCUCAAGGGCUUUGGGGCGGCGGGGACGGCGACGAGUCUGCGGGCACAGGGCCUACGAACGGGGGGCGUGGGGCUUGGUGGCGCGGGCACCAGCUCGAUUGCGUUUACGCCGGUCCAAGGGCUGGAACUGGUGGACCCCAAGGCACGCGAAGAAGUGAACCGCAAGCGAAAAGCAGACGAGGACCGGUGGUUCAAGGGCGGGUCGUUUACGCAGCUUAAUGGGGGAGCGUCCAAGGUGGAUGCAGCGGGCUUCAAGGUGCCUGCAUUGCCUAAUAAGAAGCCCAAGUCGGACUAAGUCUGCUGGAAAAGAAGAGUGGCAGUGUAUGGUGGUACCACUACAGUGGGUAUGCAUAUGGGCACUUUUUGUUCGAACUUUUUUUUUUAACUAGCAUUUACUCCUUUGCUUUUCUUUUGCAAAGCAGGAUAUGGAUAUGGAUUCUGUGGCGUUAUCUUUUAUGCUUGUCUCUCUUUUUUGUUCUAUAUUCUUCUUAAUUUUCAAGAGUAC